AUGCCACAUCGGUCUCGAUACCUCAAGCUAGCAACUGCCGGCGGCGAUGCACUCGGUGAGGCGUUUGUGAAAGAACGAGAGGCUAUCAAGAGCCACGCCGCCGGUUCCUCGGAGCUUUGGAGGAAGAUCACUUACUAUGUUGCUUUUCCGUCGAUCGUUCUGGCCCUUGUGAAUGCCUACAAUCUGGCUAAGGAACACGAACAUCAUCUUGAGCACAUCAAGGAGGAAAACGGCGGUGAACUUCCCGAAAGAAUCAAUUACGAUUACUUGAACAUCCGUAACAAGAGUUUUCCCUGGGGGAAUUACACUUUGUUCUACAACCCUAAAACUAACAUGCCUCCUCCCUAA